GUUUACUUGUUCUCAUUACAGCAAACCCAAACCUUUAAGUGAUCAUUUUACCAGUUGGAGACCGCAAGGGAGUCUAAUUUUGAACAUCAGUUCGCCGCUCCUUUUGUUUUACCAGCGUCAACAACGAACAGAUCACAAAAAACAAGGAUUUCUCAAACAAGAAAACCUCAAAUUCAGAAUAAAUUCUUGAGAUAUUAAGUUACUCUCAAGUUAAUUUAUCCUUGAUUCUUUUGAAUCAUACUUGUUUGGACUAUCCGCUUGUCAGGACGACCUUUUAAUUAAGUCAUCGUCUUGUCCCUUUUCAAAAAUGUUUGCAUCGGGAAAAAAUUACCUUCAACAAUCGUACACGGGAGUGUUACCGCAAUAUCACCAGCGCCAUGCGUCAUUUCAACCGCAAGGUCAACAGUAUUUAAUGAACACUUCUGUGCCGCAGCAACAGUAUCGCCACCAACAUUCUAUGUCCUAUUCCGGAGGUUACAGCAUGGCUGGAUAUUAUGCCCCGCCAACUGAAUAUUUCCAACAACAACUAUAUCAGAUGCCUCCUCCCGUUCAAGAUCAGUCUGUUUCAAAUGCAACCGGUGGAGUGUCGUCUGUUUUGGACUACGAACUUGAUCAAAUGGUCAAAUUUGUUUGUUGGCUAAGUUAUGGUUUGAUGAAAAGAACUGAUAAUCCUACUCCGUUGUUCCAUAACAAUGUGAAAUCUGUUUUGUCUGCUACUAGGUUGCCGAAGUCUACAAUUGUUCUUGCUUUGCUUUAUCUGUCGGAAAGGAUGGAGGGCAGAGAAGACCCGAUCACCAUGGAUUCCGAAGUGUUUGAAAACCUCACAAUUUCUUUGGUUCUGGCCAAUAAAUUCAAUGAUGACAAUACUUUCCGGAACAAGUCAUGGUCCGACGCUACUGGUCUCUCUUUGGAAUGUAUCAACAAACUAGAGAGAGAUUGGCUCAGCUCUAUCAAAUGGAGAUUGCAUUACGAGGAUGGAUUUUCUUGUAUCGAGGAAUGCUGGAAGACCUGGUGCAACAAGUUCCAGGCUACGCCAGUUCAAAGCCCUUACAGUGAUCCAUUUAUGUCACCAUCAGUAAUGGACGCCCCAUCCUCGUACCAUGCUGGUACCCCUUACGAGUACAAAUCUCCGUCAAGUUCUUUGUUCUCUUCAAAUUCGCAGUUCUCUCCAAUGAGUACGCCUUUGAACUCUUCUCCUUACUAUAACGAUUAUCAACAACCUGUGCAACAACAGCAAGUGUUUGAAAAUCCUUAUCAAUUACAAUACAACAACUCGUUGUUUAGCGCUCCCAUUCCUGCGGCAGGUGACUAUUUCUCAUUCCAGCCGCAACCUACUUCUAGAGCCGCUUAUAAACAGCCUGGAAUGUUGAUGGCUGCUACUCAACGCUAUUAUCCUUUGAGCUAUCAUCAGCAGCAGAUGGUGCCUCCACUGAUGAGUACUGGUGUUUGCUAUAGCGGUUCUACCGCUGCAAGUGGAUUCUAUGCGUCGCAACAUAUGCCUCCACCCCAACAACAAGCUCAGCAUCAGGAGAUUUACAAUUACUGCGCUGCAACAGCUUGCUAAAAAAUGAGACAUUGUCUCGCAAAAUUCUUUUUGCUUUUCUUACCGUUUCUGAAAGCUCAGGAAUGGACAGAAGUGCUCUGUUCGAACCUGUUUUGUUCAGCGUUCAUUUUUGAAAUAAGUUGAAUGAAGAUAAA